GAUUUUUUUCCGCCUUGUCGUUUAAGCCGCGCCGCCAUAUUGUCUCUCUCAGUGCUUCUCCUCAAACAUGGCCGACUACACGAGCGUGGCGCCGCCGUCCUCAAACGCCGGCGGAGGAAUGAACGACGCUUUUAAAGAUGCAUUGCAACGGGCAAGACAGAUAGCAGCUAAAAUCGGAGGUGAUGGAGUUAAUCCCCCUCCUGUUGCCAACGACUUUAACUAUGGAGGGCAGAAAAGGCCUUUGGAAGACGCGGAUCAGCCAGAAACAAAGAAAGUCGCAAGUGACCCUUUUGCUGCAAUGGGUGGAAUGGCUGGUCUUCCAAGGCCUACGUCAGAAGAGUUCAAGGUUCCAGACGGCAUGGUUGGUUUUAUUAUCGGAAGAGGAGGAGAGCAAAUUUCAAGGAUACAGCAGGAAUCGGGGUGCAAGAUACAAAUCGCUCCAGACAGCGGAGGUAUGCCCGACCGCUCUGUGACUCUAACAGGUUCUCCAGAUUCCAUCAUGACCGCAAAGAGGUUAUUGUCAGAGAUUGUGGAAAAAGGUAGACCAACCCCGUUUCAUCACAACGAUGGGCCCGGAAUGUCGGUUCAGGAAAUUAUGAUCCCGGCGUCCAAAGCAGGCCUCGUCAUUGGGAAGGGAGGAGAGACUAUUAAACAGUUACAGGAGCGAGCUGGAGUCAAGAUGGUCAUGAUUCAGGACGGUCCUCAGAACACCGGGGCGGACAAACCGCUCAGAAUUUCUGGAGAUCCUUUUAAAGUUCAGCAAGCUAAAGAUAUGGUGAUGGACCUGAUCAGAGACCAGGGUUUCCGAGAGCAGAGGGGCGAGUACGGAUCACGUAUGGGUGGCGGAGAAGGUUUGGAUGUUCCUGUGCCGCGGUUUGCAGUGGGGAUCGUGAUUGGCAGGAACGGCGAAAUGAUCAAGAAGAUUCAAAACGACACCGGUGUUAAGAUUCAGUUCAAGCCAGAUGAUGGCACCACACCAGACCGGAUCGCUCAGAUUAUGGGUCCCCCUGAUCGGGCACAGCACGCAGCAAGUAUUAUUACAGAUCUGUUGCGCAGCGUGCAGGCUGGUGGUCCACCGGGUCCCGGUGGCAGGGGCAGAGGUCGUGGCCACGGCGGCAACUGGAACAUGGGCCCACCAGGGGGUCUGCAGGAGUUCUCCUUCACUGUACCCACUGUUAAGACUGGUCUUAUUAUUGGCAAAGGAGGCGAGACGAUUAAAAGCAUAAGCCAGCAGUCCGGCGCGAGAAUAGAGUUGCAGCGCAACCCUCCUCCCAAUGCCGACCCCAAUAUAAAGAUGUUCACAGUGCGUGGGACGCCGCAGCAGAUCGACUACGCCAGGCAGCUCGUAGAAGAAAAGAUUGGAGGUCCCGUCAGUCCUAUGGGUGGACCACACGGACCCCCAGGGCCUCACGGAGGCCCCGGACCGCACGGCCCCCCAGGCCCGCCUGGACCUCCUGCACCUAUGGGACCUUACAAUCCGGGGCCUUAUAACCAGGGACCUCCUGGCCCACAUGGUCCUCCAGGGCCGUACCAACCUCAGGGCUGGGGUAACGGCUACCCUCACUGGCAGCAGGGCCAGCCCGAUCCGAAUAAAGCCGCAGCAGAUGCUAACGCUGCAGCAUGGGCUGCAUAUUACGCUCAGUACCAGCAGCAGCCUCAGGCUCCCAUGACGCCCAACCCCGCUGCCGCCCCGGGUACUGCUCCAGCCAACGGUCAAGGUGACCCGCAGGCUCCAGGUCAGAGCGGACAGGCAGAUUACACCAAGGCCUGGGAAGAAUAUUACAAGAAAAUGGGUCAACAAGGCCAGCCACAGGAUUACACCAAAGCGUGGGAGGAGUACUAUAAGAAACAAGGUGACGUUGCAGGUCAGGCAGCCCCUCAGGCAGCCGGGGCGAGCUCCUCUCAACCCGGAGGCCAGCCUGACUACAGCGCCGCGUGGGCUGAAUAUUACCGCCAGCAAGCGGCCAUGUACGGCUCUCAGCCCGUGGGAGCAGGACCACCGGCCCAGCAGGUACACUCUUGAUUACGUCCAUACUUGCGUCGUAGAAUGAUAUUUGUGCUGUGUGUUAUGUCCCCGUCUCCCCCCCCAACCUCUUGAUAACCUUUUCCUCCACAGCUUCAUCAGGCAUCCAGGCAGCCGAGUGACCAGACUUAACCAAACUUUUUUUUCCCCCCUCCACAGGCGUCUUUAUCUCUGUAAUUAGGUUAUGGGGUGGGGUGGGUUAGCCAGUCACUGUUUCUGCCUUUAACAUGUUGUGUAUUUCUUAUGUAUUUCUUCUGCACAGGGCCAGUAAUGUGAAGCGGACAUAAAGUAAAUGCUACCUUGUCGAAAAAAUCCUUUGUUUAAUGUUCGGAUGCAGACGCCUCUUGAUGAAGAUCGUAAAAAAAAAAUUUCCUUGGUUUGCGUUUAAAAACCUAGAUUUGCAAAAUGACUCCGGAUUGAGAAUUCUCCUAUUAUGGUUUUCUUUUUUUUUUUUUUCUGGCUUAUUUGUUUUUGUAAUUUUUGUCCUCUUUGUAUAAAGUGAACUGUUUUUAGUGCGAUGAUAUUGGUCAUUCCAGCUCUUGUAUCUCAUUAUGUAGUUCAGAACUCAUGUCUAUACAAGUACUCUAGUGCUCUCUCUAUCUCUCUCUCUCUCUCUCUCUCUCUUUCUCUCUUUCCAUGUAAAUGCUCAGUUUUAAAAAUGCCUGUUGUGUUUUGCAAUAAAACAUAAUGAAACCUC